UUUUGCCGAAAAGAAAAAUCUCCACAAACUCCCUUAUCCAGUCGUGAAUCAACCUUCUGUUCUCUCUCUCUCCCUCGACAAGAACACUCGUCGCAGUGGCUUUGCAAUCUUCAAUCAUGGAGUUCUAAACAAACAGAUGAUUCAGUGAAGAUUUUGUGUGUGUGUGUGUGUGUGUGUGUGUGUGUUUGGUUCAAUUCAAUGGCUUUUGCUCGCCUUCUUUGUUUUCCUUUGACCUCUCAAUUCUCUACCCAACAACAAUUACUAUUCUUCUCCCAAACAACCCCUUUAUCUUCUUAUCCACCAAAACCUCCUCAAUUUAGCCCCACUCUCUUCCCUCAUCUUUCCUCUCUUUCUCUCUCUUAUUCUUCUUCUCUCUCCCCUCUCUCCCACACACUUUCCAUCAAAACCCACAAACCCAACAACUUCCUCUUCAUUGCCUCCUCUUCAACCCAACCCCAAGCUACCAUUGACACCCCGGAAGUUGAGGAGGACUCAGAGGUUGGUGUUGAACAACAAGUUGCAGAAGAAGAAGAAUUUGAUGAAGCCUCUCAGACCAGAGUGCUUGCCCAGAAUGUCCCAUGGGCGAGCACUGCCGAUGACAUUCGAGCCCUCUUUGAGAAAUUCGGGACCGUCGUAGAUGUAGAGCUCUCUAUGCAUAACAAAACUAGAAACAGAGGUCUAGCCUUCGUUACCAUGGGUUCACACGAGGAAGCUUUGGCAGCUCUCACCAAUCUUGAAUCGUCUGAAUUUGAGGGUCGAUCUCUAAAGCUCAAUUGGGCCAGGCCAAAGAAGGAAAAACCUUCUCCUGUUGUGCGGCAGUCCAAGCCGGGACCAAUUCACAACUUGUUUGUUGCCAAUUUGCCCUAUCAAGCAAGGGCCAAAGACCUUAGGGAGUUUUUCAAUUCUGAAAAUGGCAAUGUUGCCUCCACAGAAAUUAUAUUUCAUGAUAAUCCAAGAAGGUCUGCUGGGUAUGGAUUUGUUUCCUUCUUUACCAAGGAGGAGGCCGAGGCAGCACUUUCCUCUUUUCAAGGAAAGUUCAAAACUUGGAAGACUUCACCUGGUGUGGAAAGCUUUUUUUUAAGUAGUUAUUGUUUUGCAGAUGUUUAUGGAAAGGCCAAUUCGAGUGGCUCGUAGUAGAAGAUUUUUGAGACAAGGAACAAAAGAAAAUCUCCAAUCCAAAAAUGCAUCAACAAAGUCUAGCCCUGAUACUGAACAAUCAGAAGAAGCUGAUGCAGCUUGAUGGUGAAUCUUUUGUGGGGGGGGCAAUGAGGUUCCCCAUUUUUCUUCUUUUGGUAUGAUUUACAUAAGUUUGUUAACCAAAGGAUUAUAUAAGAUUUUGAUUUAGCUUGAGUUGACUUUUCCCUUGUUUUCAUCCCUUAGCAGGCAUCGUGGUCUAUACUUUUGCUUGCAAAGUAAUAAGUAUUAGAGUUUGUCAAGUAGUAUUGAAAAUUAAUGUGUCACAAAUCCACUUAAUUCUAUGAUUUUCACCUGGAUUGACAGCUUUGGGAAGUUUUGGUUACAUCCCAAUUUGGCGUUAAUCAAUCUAAACUGACAACAAAUAUUCAAUUUCA